AUGAUGGGCUCUCUGCACCGGAGCCGCAGCCUGAGUGACAGUCCCAAACCUUCCUCAGCUGAACGCCAGCGCCUCUUGUCACCAUCUCCAUAUUAUGGCUCUGCGGUGUGUGACGGGGUCAGUUCGGAGGAGGUCCGGCUCCGGCGUCGGCUGAAAUAUUUUUUCAUGAGUCCGUGUGAUAAGUUCAGAGCCAAGGGAAGGAAACCCUACAAAUUGGGCCUGCAGCUUAUCAAGAUCUUUAUGGUCACUGUGCAGCUAAUCCUGUUUGGCCUCAGUAACCAGAUGGUGGUGCAGUUUAAGGAGGAGAACACAGUGGCUUUCAAGCAUCUUUUCCUAAAGGACUACACUGAUGAUUCGGAUAAAACCUAUGCGGUCUACACCCAGAACGAUGUUUACGAGAAUCUGUACUAUGCUGUGGAUCAGUACCACUCCCUGCCUAACCAAACCACGGCUCGCUAUGCUUACGUUCGACCCUUCAAUAAAUCGGCACUUUCUGUCUGCCAGCAGUAUUAUCGCAAGGGCCACAUUGAUCCUGCCAAUGAUACCUUCAAUAUUGAUCCAAAAGUCAUAACGGAUUGUAUAUACACAGAUCCCGAUGACCUCAGUCAGAGCUACAGAAAUUUUAUCAUAAAGUUUCACAAACUGAUAAACAUCACGGUACAGUUUCAGUUAAAGGCUAUAAAUAUCCAGACAAUUAUUAAUAAUGAACUUCCGGACUGUUACACCUUUGCAAUCACUAUCCUAUUUGAUAACCAGGCACAUAGUGGCAGGGUGAAAAUACAGCUAGCCAAUGACGCAACUAUUAAAGAAUGCAAAGAUCCCAGUGUGUACGGUCGAGGUGACAACCACUCUCGGUUGGCGUUUGAUGUAAUUGUGAUCCUUUCUUGUGUCCUAUCCCUAAUCCUAUGUGGACGCUCCAUCCUACGGGGCCUGAGAUUGCAAAACGAAUUUGCAAAUUUUGUAAGUUCCCGUCACGCUCUCAGAGUCUCUGUAUCUGAGCGGCUAGAGUUUAUAAAUGGCUGGUACCUGCUGCUUAUCAUUAGUGACAUUCUCACGAUAUCCGGAACUGUGUUGAAGAUUGGGAUAGAGUCAAAGACAUUUGCCAGUUAUGAUGUCUGCAGCAUUCUUCUAGGCACCUCCACCUUGCUGGUUUGGGUAGGGGUGAUCCGGUACUUGAGCUUCUUCCAAAAGUAUAAUAUUCUGAUUGUUACACUCCGAGUGGCUCUUCCUAAUGUCAUCCGGUUUUGUUGUUGUGCUGCUGUCAUUUACCUCGGGUAUUGCUUCUGUGGCUGGAUUGUACUGGGACCCUACCAUGUCAAGUUCCGUUCACUCUCCAUGGUGUCAGAGUGCCUUUUCUCCCUUAUAAAUGGGGAUGACAUGUUUGUUACCUUCUCGGAGAUGCAGAACAGCAGUUACCUCGUAUGGAUGUUCAGCCAACUUUAUUUAUAUACUUUCAUCAGCCUCUUCAUCUACAUGGUGCUCAGUCUCUUUAUAGCUCUGAUCACUGGGGCCUAUGAGACAAUCAAGUUUCAGAAUGCAGGAGAAGACCGGGUCUCACCUCUCUAUCAGUACAUAGCUGAGUGUAAGGACACCCCCAGCUCUGGGAAAUUCAGAUCUGCCAGCUCAACAAACUGCUCCAUGUUAUGCUGUUGUUGUGCCAAUCCGUAA